GGUCUAGACGUCUGAUGGAUCAUGAAUAAAACUUUGAACAAGGAAUUUUUUGGAGAAUGUCGGAGAAUGUCUGCCUUGCAGCUUGCUCGAAGCUACUGAUGUCGAUUCGAUGAUGUGAUGGGCAAUGGCCUCGUCGUGAACCUGGUUGACGUUGUUGUAUAAUGCCUGCCCACUAGAUCACUCUAUCCGAGAGAGGCAGGUAAAAAUGGUCGAGGAAGAAAUUUGAGAUUUCGACCAACGCCAUUCAGAAUUCUGAAUGAUGGAGAAGAUGUCGCAAGGCGCAGCAGUCACGAGCUCAGCCGGGGAGUUCUCGUUUGCUGGAUCUUCCAUCGAUGUUCGUAGCAUGGCUCUGAUUGAUCCCAGCACGUACGUCGCGCCUGGAGCUGAUGGUGUGCAUGAGGCUGCUGGCAAAGUGAAGCAGCGACGGAGUAGGCAGAGAGCUGGUCCUCUGUCGCAGCGCAGUUCCGACGUCUUUCAUCGGAACAUAACAGAGCACAAGCUGUUCCAGGCCGUUAAUGGCGGUGACCUAGACCAAGUCAAGAACAUGCUGACAGAUGAUGACCUUGGUUUCGACGCGUCGCACCAAGACAAGUGUGGGCGCACUCCGCUGCAUGUAGCCGCGGCUGCAGGAAAUAACCAAAUGGUGCGCCUGUUGCUGGACCAUGGGGCCAAUCCAAGCCUCCAGGACAAUGUGGGCAACACGCCACUGCAUCUCGCUGCAUGUACAAGCAAGGUAGCCACUGUCACAAUCCUAUUGGCUGCAGGGACGGAUGUAAGCCUUGUUGACUGUCGCGGCAACACCCCCGUGCGCCUCGCUCAGGCACGGCUCAAGCACCUGCGUAGUCAUGGAGACACGAUGUCACUCACCGACCAUUCUCGCGCCAUUGAACAGGUGGCGUACAUGAUGCGCGAGUAUGCGCGCUGUGUAGGCGAUGAGCAUGGCGUGGAACACGUCUUCGACAUCACCGCCAAGCUCUCAAAGUCCACCAAUCACAAUCAGGUGUCUGAGGUUGCCGAUCUUCUACAGACGUUCACUUCGAUGAAGCUGAAAAGCUGAUAGUCCUCGACGAUCGUCACCCGAACUGUCUAUGCAGUUUGACUUCCGGCGACAUAUGCGUGGUGGGGUAUGCUCUCGUUGUAGCUAGCCCAUGCAGCUGCCACUGCAAGAAGCUCAGCUGGUUGAUGCGCACUGCCUCCAGAGAGAGCUGUGUGGUGACUUUGUUGUGUUGCGUACUGGACGAGAGGGCAUCAUAGCAUGAUUGUGCUGCUGCCAGUGCAAGAAGCUCUGAUACUGAGUUUGUGGUUUAGAGAGCUGUACUGUGCUUAGUGCACCCUAGCAGGUUGAUGUGCACUGCCAGUGUGUACUGGUAGCAGUGAGAGCUGUGUGGUGACUUUAUUGUGUUACGUACUGGACUACAGGGCAUGAUAGCAUGACUGUGCUGCUACCACUGCAAGAAGCUCUGAUAUGUGGUUUACAAUAGAGAGCUGUAUUGUGCUCUGCCCAUAGCGCUCUCUAGCAGGUUGAUGUGCACUGCCUCUGUGUACAAUAGCUGAGAGAGCUGUGUGGUGACUUUGUUGUGUUACGUGUACUGGACCACAGGGCAUCGUAACAUGUCUGUGCUGCUGCCACUGCAAGAAGCUCUGAUAUGAUUGUGGUUCAUUCAUCGGAAACUGGCCCGCUGGCUUUUGAAAGUCGGAUUUGGGCCGAAUUGAGGAUCAAAAAGCCACUUUAAAUCUCAAAAAUCUGGGUUUUGGAUCUGCUUCUCCAUACAUUUUGCCAUGGCAUACCUGUCCUAAUUUUGUAAAACCUGGCUGAAUUUCUAUUUCCCUGUUCUUGGACUUUUCUGGCCUCAAAUGUGGCAAGGAGUAAUUGCACGGGUCACACAAUGCAGGAUGUACUGUUGUUUUCACGAUAUCUACAACUAUGUCAGAGAGACACCAAAAAGUUAGGGUGCCAGUUUAGAGCUGUAUAGUACUGUGCUCUUCCUGCCACAGAUAGUGAGUCCUUGAUCUGAGUAGGUUGAGGUGUACUGCCUCUAUGUAGAGAGCCCAGUGGUGACUGUGUUGUGUUGCGUAAAGAGCUAGAGGGCAUCAUAGCAUGAUUGUGCAGUCACACUAUCCAUGCUGGUGACUGCACGUGGGUCAUUUCAAGGCAAAAUUUGUGUGUGUGUGUGUGUGGCUACAUUAUUAUGUGUACAUACGUGUGUAUGUGUACAUCUGUGUGUGUAUUGGUAUGGGUGCAUCUGUGUGUAUAUUUGUAUGGGUGCAUCUGUGUGUAUAUUUGUAUGGGUGCAUCUGUGUGUAGUGUACAUGAGUGUGUGUACGUGUGUGUGUUCGAUAUAGCUGCAACUCUAUUGAAAACCUAUCCAAAUUCUUGCUAGUGCUACUGCUUUUCCAUGCUGUUUCCUCAGUGUCUAUGUUAUAUUUUUACCCUUCCCAUGCAUACGAACCUGCCUCUAACAGUGCACCUCCUUUGCUGUCAGAACUAGGACAGAACUCCUUUUUUUGACUUUGUGUGCUUUUCACUGGAUAUUUAGUAGAUUCCUGAGCUUUCUCCCAUGCUGGUUCGUGGGACAGCAGUGCCUUUGACUAUGG